AUGCUUCCUCCUGUGAAUGUCAGCGUCCUGCAACUGAAGAGGAGCUUGAGAAGGCAUAUUGCAAGAAUGAAGGGAUAUUCUUGCAAGGCAGUCUUUGUGGCUGUUCUUUCACCUGCCAAAGACUGGGAGCAAAGUCGAAAGAUUCGAUAUCGAUUCUCAGCAUGGGUGCACACGCAGGGAAGCCUGCAGACCCAGACAAGGUCGCCGCUGCGUUCUGCUGCUCAAGCACAAAGUCUCGUGAUAGCGAUCCUUGUGCACAAGCUUUCGCAACCCCACCUAGGCUACGCGCCCUCCCUAGUUUAG